AAUUUAAAUUAUAAUUGCAAUUACAAUUUCACAUGAUUAAGUUUUGUUAUAAUGGUCACACUGUUUUCCCCAACUACAACUCCCAGCAACAAGUAGCUCUAUCACCAGUUGUCCUGUCCUAAUCCCUAACUCCUUAAGUCAUUACUCAUUUGCUCAAUGUUGGCUGAUGGUUCCUCUCUCUACUAAUCCCUAAUCUCUAUUCGAUUAUGUGUCUCUACGCGCAGUGCCGCAGUCCAUUAGUUUAUACAUAGGUCUUUGGUCUUAACAUUUUGUAACUUGUAGCUUUAUGCCUUUAUACUUAUUCGUUAUUUAAACUUUUAGUUGCCAGUUUUUUGUUAAGUUUGUUAUUUCCUUUUUCUACUCUUUAGUUGUUUUUGUAUACUAUCAAAUAAGAUUAAAAAUUAUAAACAUUAUUCUUGGUGACUAGUAUUUUACGAUCAAACCAUUUUACUUGUAUAGAGUCCAUUUACACCUAAUAUAAACCUGAGAGAAGACGUACAACUCGCACAGUGUUAUAAAUAAUUAGUUAUUUGUCUGUGCUUUAAAUCAAUAAUGGAAUCAGUACAUUUGGGUCAGAAUACAAAAUCAAAUGUUGUUCAUUGUCCAUUCAACACAUCCCACACAAUGCCACAGAAAACUCUUUUAUUACAUUUAACAAAAUGCCCAGACAAGAAACCUUAUCAAAGUAUAUGCACUUUUAAUAACCUCCAUGUGGUUCAUUCUUCAUUAAUAAAAGAACAUGAAGAACAGUGCCCAAACCGUUUGAAUUUUGAUCAAAUAGUAUACAAAACCACAGAUGAUAAGAUUGCAAUCACUUAUAAAGGUAAUGUGGAAUCUAAUGAAGAUUCAACGUGGGAUGAUGAUGAUUCAAACAUCACUAAAAAAGUUCAAGGUGUUAGCGGAAACACAAUCAUAAAUCAGACUGGAUAUUUUAUGAAACCGCAAAUGGGUCUUACAAAGGCAGAGCGUAAGAAAUUUCGUCAGAAAGCUCAACAAACUCUGUCAAAUGUUGACUUAUCAUAUAAUCCCAACUUGAAUAUAAAUGAUAGGCAAAAUUCUACAUCAAAUGCUGGCAAAUUAACUAAUCAAAGUGAUCAAAGUAUGAAUCGUGGAUUAUUUUUUGGAAAGAGACCAAACACUUAAUAUAUUUUUGAAUAUAAUUUAUUUUAUGUAUUGAUUUAUACUAAAUAUUAUUACAAUAUUAAUGUGUUUUAUUAUAUUUUUUACUUAAUAAAUUAUAAAUUUUGAAAUUAGGUACAUUAAUAGGCAGGGACAGGCUUACCAUUUUUCCGCCUCAAGCCAUUACAACAUUAUUAUAUUAUAUAAAUAGAAGUAGAAAUAAACUGAAAAAUUGCGACGCCCCCGAAAGAUGUUGCACCCUAGGCACGUGCCUAGGUUGUCUAUGCGUAAAUCCGCCCCUGUUAAUAGGUACAUUAGGUACACAUAUUGUGCUAGGCAUGGAUCCAGAAUUUCUAAUUCAUAAAAGGACCAAGGUGAGGGUUUAAAAUUAAAGUAAAUAAUUAUUUAUAAUUAUUUUCAUCAACUUUUUUUUUGAGACUUAGAGGAGAAGGCUUUAUGCAGCUAUGCUAUUAAUGUACCAAUUUUUUUACUAUUAUUGAUUACUUAUAGUUAAAUAUAUUUUUUUUUAUGAUAUUAUAACAUAUUACAUUUAAUUGACUGUUGGACUAUUAUUACUGUGAUUCAAUUCUAUUGUAAGAUAUGUCUUAAAAAUAAAAUAUACAAUUUGUCAAAAUAUAUAAUUUGUGGCUUUA